AUGGCUCCGCGCGCGGAAUUCAGCACCGAGCAAAUCCGGGGCAAAGCGCGCAAGGACCUGCUCUACCUGCUCGAGGGUGUCCGCGGCAAGAAGAACCUCGUGUUUGACCGCAGCCUGGUUGGCCCCAUCGGCACAAUCGUCAAGGUUGCUACGCUCCAAGAGUAUGGCGUCGAUAAGUUCUUCAUUCUCGAGAAUAACAACGUGGAUGCGAGCCAGCGCAAUGUCGUCUUUGUGGCUCGUGGGGAAUGCGGUCGACAUGCAGAGGCCAUAGCAGUUCUUGUCCAGGUUGGCCAGACGACUCAUGAUUUCCACAUAUUCUGGGUGCCCCGGCGCACCCUUGUGUCCGACCAACUGCUCGAGGAAGCUGGCAUUCUCGGCGAUGUCAACAUAUCCGAGCUACCACUGCUCUUUUUCCCGCUUGAAGAUGACGUCUUAUCGCUUGAGUUGGAGGAUUCCUUCAAGGACCUCUACCUGUCCAAAGAUGUUACUCCAAACUUUCUCAUGGCCAAGGCGCUCAUGGAGGUGCAGCAGAACCAUGGCUUGUUCCCAAGGAUCAUCGGCAAAGGCGACAAUGCGAAGCGCGUGGCUGAUCUCCUCGUUCGUAUGCGUCAAGAGCGGCUGGCGGGCGAGGAUGGAAGCGACGUCAAGACAGCACUCACACCCAGCACGACCAACGAGAGCGUCAUAAUUAUCGAUCGUGAAGUCGACUUUGUCACCCCGUUGCUCACGCAGCUAACAUAUGAGGGCCUCAUCGAUGAGAUCUUUGAAAUUCAGAAUAACCAGGCCAAGGUUGACACGACCAUUGUGGGAGCACCGGCGCAGUCUUCCGCAGCCACAACGCAGAGCAGGAAACGGACGGUCCAGCUCGACUCCAGCGAUAAACUAUACGAGCAGCUACGCAAUGCAAAUUUUGCCAUCGUGGGCGGGCUACUCAACAAGGUCGCAAGACGCCUACAAAAGGUCCAAACUGAUUACGAGAGCAAGCAUAAGACCAAGACGAUCGCCGAGCUCAAGGAAUUUGUGGGCCAACUACCCGGCUACCAACAAGAACAUCAGAGCGCGAGGAUACACACCGGUCUCGCCGAGGAAAUCAUCAAGCACACGCGGACAGAUCUUUUCAAGGGCCUUCUCGAGGUCCAGCAGAAUCUAGCUGCCGGUGCCGAUCCAUCGUCGCAAUUCGACGGCAUUGAAGAGCUGAUAGCCAGAGACGCUCCCAUACGAGAGACGCUUCGGCUGCUCUGUAUAUACUCGUGCAUAUCUGGGGGUAUCAAGCCCAAGGACCUGGAGCAGUUCAAACGCCUAAUACUUCAAGGGUAUGGCUAUCAGCACCUCCUCACGCUCAACAACUUGGAGAAGCUGCAACUAUUCUUAUCGCGCUCAUCUCCGCUUGCGGGUAUGAUCCCCAUGGCAGGCAAUUCUGGUGCUGAUGGAAACAAAACCAACUACACGUAUCUACGAAAGCAGCUACGGCUGAUUGUCGAUGAAGUGCAAGAGGACGAUCCCAACGACAUCGCAUACGUGUACAGCGGCUAUGCCCCUCUUUCGAUCCGACUUGUACAAUGCAUACUUCAGAAACAGUACCUGCUGUCUAUAACGAAGGGCAACGUCUCAGCGAAUUCUGGUGGCGGAGCCCCUGGAGCAGGAACGCAAGGAUGGCAAGGAUUCGACGAAGCUGUCAAGCAUGUUCGAGGGCAGACUUUCUAUGAGCUUCAGAAGGGCGAAGACAAGGCGGUCAAGGCAAGGGCCCUCUUGUCCGGCAGCGGACAAAAGCAGACAGUCUUUGUGGUCUUCAUCGGAGGAGUCACAUUUACCGAGAUUGCCGCGUUGAGAUUUAUCGCGAAGCAAGAAGAAGGUCGGAGAAAUAUCGUCAUCUGUGCGACUUCUAUAAUUAGCGGAAACCGGAUGAUGGACGCUGCAAUCGAGAAAGAAGCGUUCGCGCGCAAGGAGGCGGUGCUGCCCAACAGCCCGUAG